UUAGUCCGAACUUGCAAUAUUGCAAAACUCCACAGCAUUAGCAGGCUUUUUUUUUUGUUGCCACGAAUUCUACCCGGAUGGGGUUAAAAUGUGAGGGGACGUGUUUGGACUCCACUCAGCUCCCAUUCAGCAUGCAUGUGUGAGUGUGGGGGAUGGGGGGCAGCAUAUAAAUAUAAAUGUCAGGCAGGCAGAGCCGUUUUAUUUCAUCCUCACCAUCGCCAUGAACUUGCUGCUGACACUGCUGGCCGUCGCCCUCGCCUCCAUGGGUCUGUCUGCAGAAGUCCUGCCCCCUGCAAACUUCAACCUACAGGCGAUGGCGGGAAAGUGGUACCUGAUUGGUUUCGCCUCCAACGGCCAAUGGUUUGUCAACCGCCGCGCCAGCAUGAAGAUGGGCACGGCCGUGCUCAGCCCGACUGCAGAAGGUGACCUGGAUAUGUCCUAUGCAAGUUUGAAAUCUGACGGCUCAUGCUGGAGAAUGAACAACCUGGCGAAGAAGACGGACAUGCCUGGAAAGUUCACGUACACAAGCUGGGGCAACGCCAACGACAUGCGUGUGGUGGAUGUCAAGUAUGACCAGUACGUCCUGAUGCACACUGUAAAGUUAGACGGAGGUAAUCCAACAGUGAUAAACAAGCUUUACGGCCGUGCACAGGAUCUCAGCGCGGAUCUGCUAGAGAAAUUCAGGCAGUUCUCACUCGAAACCGGAAUUCUACCUGAAAAUAUUGCAUUCCUUCCCAAAAAUGGUACAAGUGAGUGCAUGGUGGCCUGAAAUGAACAAGCUGCUAUCAAGGAGGAAUAUUUACUGGAAAUACAGAUGCGUGCAAAUAAAAACAGCUAAUAUGC